AUGGGUUCGAUUGUGAUGGAACCAACCGACAUUGCUACAUACGUGAAUGGCGGCAUAGUUGGGAAUAAGCCCACCAAGAAUUUGACCACAAUUUGUACAUUUGCCAAUCGUAUCCACUGCACCAGUAUUUUCACCGGAGCAAAUCCUUUGGAGUUCUCAGUUCCUCUUCUUUUCUUGCAGCUUGGAAUUUGUUCUGGAACCAUCAUCUUGUUUUCUCAGCUUCUUAAGCCCCUGGGUCAACCCCUCAUCAUCUCUCAAAUUUUGGGCGGUUUGGUUCUAGGUUCUUCUGGUUUAAGCUACGUGGAGAAAUUUAAAGAGACGAUUUUCCCUCUCGAAGGAUUCGUUUGUCUUGACGUGGUUUCUGCAAUUGGCCAUAUUUUUUACUACUUUUUGAUCGGCGUGCAAACAGAUAUGACAAUUAUCAAGAAAAUUGACAAGAAAGCGUUCGGUAUUGGGUCUUGUGCUACAAUUAUGGCUAUGAUUCUCGUCCUCGUUUAUUCCAUAUCCUUGACUAAUCUUACUGACUUAACAAACUUCAAAUACAUUUUCGAGCUUGGUAAAUUAGAGUCAUUUAUCAACUUUCCCAUGGUUGCUUCCCUUGUUUACGAGCUCCGUUUGGUGAAUUCCGAGUUUGGGAGAAUUUCUUUGUUAACAUCCAUGGCUUCAACUCUUCUCAGCACAUGUUUUACAUUACUAGGAAAUAUAUUGGCUCCACAUGGUGGAUCCAAACAUCAAGUUUUAUCAGAACUAUUUGCUGUUGUGGUGCUUAUACUUGUCAUCAUUUUCACCAUUCGACCUGCCACUCUAUGGAUGGUAAAGAUGAAUCCCAGCGGACAACCAUUGAAGGAGUGUUUUGUGAUUACAUUGCUUUUAGUGGUGUUGGUGGUUGCCUUCUGCUGUCAGAGCUUUGGUUUGCGAAUCUAUUUUGCUUCCUUUUUUCUUGGAUUUAUAAUACCUUCGGGGCCCCCCAUUGGAUCAACAUUGGUAGACAGACUUGAUUUCAUCACCUCUUGGAUGUUCAUGCCCAUAUUCUUUGCUAGAAUAGGGCUUUCAUUCAAUAUCUACACUACUAAUCUCAUAAAUGUUAUAUGCAUGUCAAUCAUUGUGUUUGUUAGUGCAUUGGGGAAGUUCUUGGGUGCCCUUAUGAUCUCAAUGUACUACAAACUUCCUUUGAGAGAUGCCAUAUCGGUUGGCCUCAUCUUGAAUAGUCAAGGAGCUCUUGAGCUUAGUCUGUUUAAAAGAAUGACAAGGGAAAAGGUGAUAAAUGAAGAAGCAUUCGCAGUUGGGUGCGUAUGGAUAAUAUUUAUCGCUGCAAUUAUAACUCCCAUAAUAAGAUAUCUCCAUCAUCCUUCAAGAAGGUAUAUAGUUCAGAAGAAAAGAACAGUGAUGCACUCAAGACCAGAGUUUGAUCUUUGUGUAUUAGUUUGCAUUCAUGACCAAGAAGAUGUACCUAGUGCCAUUAACCUACUGGAUGCAUUAAAUCCCACAAGACGAAGCCACCUUGUUGUAUACAUGCUUCAUCUUGUUGAGCUUCUUGGUCGUGCUCACCCGAAACUUAUACAUCACAGGCUUACAAAGGUCAGAAGUUCAAGGUUUUGUUGUGAGCCAAUUGUUAAUGCCUUCAAAUAUUUUGGAGACAGCAACAAUGAAACUGUAGUAAUUAAUCCCUUCACAGCAAUAUCACCUUCUACAACAAUGCAUGAUGAUGUUUGUUCACUUGCAUUAGACAAAAAGAGUUCUUUAAUUAUUGUUCCUUUCCAUAAGAGGUUUCAUUCCAAUGGCGUGAUGUCAUCAUCAAAAUAUAAAAUAAAAAUGGUUAACCAUAAUAUCCUUAACAGUGCACCAUGCUCCGUUGCCCUGAUUGUGGAACGUGGAUUUUUAAGGGUCUCAAAGUCAAUUGAAACCAACUUAUAUCGUUUUCAAGUAGUUGUAGUGUUCAUAGGUGGAGCAGAUGAUCGUGAGGCAAUGUUCAUUGGGGCAAGAAUGGCUGGACAUGAUAAUAUAAACUUGACAGUGAUUCGGGUAUUGGAGAUGAGUGAGGAUUAUUGUGUACUCCGAAGGAAUAAUAAUAAUGAGUUAAUUAAAGAAAAAAGGGUUGAUGAUGAGGCAUUGGUUGAGUUUCGAAAAUUAACAGCAGACAACUACAGAGUGAGAUACAUAGAAGAGGUGGUGAAGGAUGGUACAGGAACAAUAUGUGUACUACGUUCGAUAGGGAAUAAUUAUGAUGUUGUAAUAGUUGGAAGACGACAUAACCCGUGUCUGGCGUUGGUUCAAGGGUUGGUGCUUUGGGAUGAGCACACGGAACUUGGGGCAAUUGGAGAGGUGUUGGCCACAUCAGAUUUUCUGGGGAAUGCAAUGUUGUUGGUUGUGCAACAACACACAAGAGUGGCAAACCAAAAUCAAUUAGAACAUAUGUAACACUUUAUUUAUUUAUUUUUAUUAGAGUUACAACAUAAGAUGAUGCAUAGGGUGGCAGUCCAGAGCAAGUUUUUAAGAAUGUUUUGAUUCUCCACCUGAUAUUCUUUACUUAACAGUUUUAGGUUAAUUUUUCA